AUGAAACCAACGCAAUUGCUGAAGAAAAUGAAGGAAAUGGCUGGCAGUUUAAUGGGUGAUGACGUACUGAAGUCAUUGUGGUUACAGCGACUGCCAGUGGGAGUUAGAACAAUGGUAGCUGCAGUCGAAGGUGAUUCUGCACAGUGGGCAAAGGUGGCUGAUAAGGUAUUUGAGGUACAGGAAACAGAAACGGUUUGUGUAGUGCAAAGGAAUGAACCGAAUGAAAUGAAGAAAGAAAUUGACGAGUUAAAAGCCAUGGUAAACAAUUUGAUCAUUCAGUUGGGCAAAAGAGGAAGAAGCAAUGACAGAGAUCGUGGAAAAGGGCGAUCAUCAAGUGCUAAAAGAGAUAAUAUAUGUUUUUAUCAUCGGCGGUUCAAGGAGAGGUCCACAAAAUGUGUUCAGCCGUGCCAGUACAAACCGCCACAAAACUCAGCGGGAAACUAA